CUUGGUUCAAUUUUUUGGGCUCCAAUGAAAAUUCCUUCAGAACUAAAAGAAGAAAAGGGAAAGAAAUUCAAAACCCUAAACCCUAAAUUGUCGUUCAAGUUCACUCCCCUCGAACAAAAAGGCGUCAAACCCCAAAGUUACAGUUCUCUGUGAAAUUAAUUAGGGUUGAAAGAUGAAGCUUAUUGGUUCGAAUCCAUGGCGUGGCAAUGCCAUUUCUAGGGUUUUCGGCACGCUAUUCAACUCAACUGAGGCGCUGGCCUCUGCUUCCGCCUCCGUCUCUGCCUCCGCACCACACCCAUUUGUGCCUCUGCGCCGUAGGAUUUUGCGGUCCGGAAACCCUAGGGUUUCCAUUCUGCCGGUGCUCCAUCAGUGGCUGGAAGAAGGGAGAAACGUUGAGCGAUCAGAACUCCAAGAUUUCAUCAAGCAGCUCCGAAAAUUCCGUCGCUACACCCAAGCCCUGCAGAUUUCAGAGUGGAUGAGCGAUGAGCUGAACCAUGAUCUGCAUCCCGGAGACAUUGCAAUUCGGUUGGAGUUGAUUUCGAAGGUCCGUGGCCUCGAAGAAGCGGAGAAGUAUUUCUAUAGCAUCCCGGAGUUAUUGAGAGUGGUUCAGGUGUGUGGUGCUCUCUUGUCCUGCUAUGCAGAGCAUAAUUGCUUGGAAAAGGCCGAGGCUCUUUUCGAAAAGAUGAAGCAUUCGGGUAUAAGAGGGCCAUUGCCUUAUAAUACAAUGCUGAAACUUUAUUCUCGAAUGGGUAAACAUGGAAUGGUAGAUAUUCUAGUUAAGGACAUGGAACAGAGAGGCGUUGAUUAUAACAUUCACACGUUGAACAUUCGGUUAUUUUCCUAUGCUGCCACUUCUGAUAUCGAUCGAAUGGAGAAGCUUUUGAUGAAGAUGGAAGCUGAUCCUCUGGUGUCUGUCGACUGGCAUGGUUAUGUUAGUGCAGCCGAAGCAUUCUUGAAGGUUGGACUAUUGGAGAAGACAUCGACAUUGCUGAGGAGAGCGGAGCAACGCAUCAACAUUAAAACGAGGAAAAUUGCAUAUGAAUACCUGAUGACUUCAUAUGCUGGUAUAGGUAAUAAGGAUGAGGUUUAUCGAAUUUGGGGAUUGUACAAAAGUAUUGUAGGAUUCUACAAUAAUGGGUAUCGGUGUAUGUUAAGUUCGUUGAUGAACAUGGAUGACUUUGAUGGUGCCGAGAAGAUUCUGGAGGAAUGGGAAUCUGGGAACCAAUCCUUUGACAUCCAAAUACCAAACUUGCUGAUCAAUGCUUACUGCGGGAAAGGUCUGUUGGAGAAGGCCAAAUCAUGGGCAAACAAGCUUUCAGAUGGAGGAAAGGAGGAUUGUAGAACAUGGUCCCUUUUGGCUACUGGAUACUGUACGAAUGGUCAGAUGACAGAGGCAGUGGAAUCAUUGAAAAUGGCAGCAAACAUGGCAUGUCAACCAGGGUGGAAGUUCCAUAAUUUAACUGUGGCUGCAUGUUUUGAGUACUUGAAAGAGAAGGGAGAUGUGGAAGUGGCACAUAAGAUAUUGGGAUUAUUGAGAGAAAGGGGUCAUCUUCCAACAGAUUUGUGUGAUAGGAUUGAAAAUCAUUUUGAUGGUGGUGACCUCGCUGUUCUGGAGUAAGGUGAAGGGGGAUAUCAUAUGGAACGAAUUUAUAAAGUUCAGAAUGGAGGGAUGCAAUAGACGGACAGUACAAGUCAACGACAAGGGUGGAAGACAAAUAUUUAUGUAGCAUUGUGAAGAGGUGCAGUAGGUUUUUUGGCAAUGGUUACCGUACAGAUGGUCUAAAAGGAGAGGACGCAAUGAAAAAGGCAGCCAACUUUACAUUUGAACCCUGCUGGAAGUUGAGUAAUUUUUCUUCUUUGGCUGCAUUUCUGGAGUACUUGAAAGAGAAGGGAGAUAUGAAAGUGAUACAUAAGAUUUUGACGAUUAUCGAGCAAAAGGGUUAUUUACCAACAUCUUUGUGCAGUAGUUUGUAAAAUAAUAAGACGGUGGUGAACCACAGGUUCUUGGGUCCUUGAGAAGGUGACGGGGCUAAUUAUGUGGAAGGUAUUCACAAAUUCGGGAUGAAGAGAAGCAAGUGUAGCAGCUAAAAAGAUAUGUAAAUCUGUGAAAGGUACUUUGUUCUAUCUAAAUGCUUGAGCUUCAGUAAAUACAUGGUUAGCAAAAUGCUAUACAGCACAGACCAGGGCAUGGUUUGUAAAUUUGCGGUGUGUCAGUAAAAUUUGAAAUUGUUUAGCCACUUGAUUAUCAUCACAAUGAUUUCAUUUUUAUCUGAUGCAUGCAUUGCGUGAAUAACUUUGGAGUAACCUAUGUGUCUGUCAUGCCCAAGAACUCUCUCAAUUGGGAAUUUGGGAAAGUAGUCUAUGUAGUUUGGUAUAUACUAAUCGGAAGUAUGUGUCUGGAUUAUCUGCAAGGUUCUUCUUGUUUGGGUUUUCUUCUGCUGCUGCUGUUUUUUGCUUAGUGUCCUUAUUCUUUUA